GUUGUGCUUGUAGAUUCUGUAGUAGCCAAAGAUCUCAUCCCUACUUUUGAUCAUGUGAUCUAAAAGUUAGAUUCUUUUGUGCGUAAAGUCUAAUCUGAUUCAGACCCAGACUGCAUUUCGAUCUUCAGACUCUGAAUCAGGCAAGCCCCAUUGCGAGUUUACGACCAGAUUUGAUCCCUGAGUAUCAUCACAUCAUGACGAUCAGAGAGUUACGGUCGGAAUCAUUUGUUACUUGUCUGCUUCUCUCGCUUCCUGAAGAUGUGUUCGCUUCAACCUCUCGUUUUCUAUCUCCAAAUGACAUUUGCAACCUAAGCUUAUGCUGCAAAAGCCUCUACAACCUUGUGCACACCGACAAUGUCUGGCUUGUCCAGUGUGAGCUCGUAAAGGCUCUUCCUUUAUCCGAUAUAGUCAAAUGGCGAACUGGGAUCUCUUCUUACAAGACCCUUUGUCGGUUUCUUGUAGAGGUGACGAAGCCUCUUGUUGGGGUUUGGGUUCACCAAGAACCUGAGCUUGGGAAUGUUGUCUACGUGAUGCCUGGUUUCUUGUCUGUUGUUGGGUGCCGGAUCAUUCCUCAAAAGGCUGGUCCUUUGGGGAUUGAAGAAGGGAGGGUUUUGUGGUCACCGGUGUUUGAGUUCAUCUGUGAUUUCGAUGGCUCUUCCAAGUUUUUCCUCCAUGGGAAAGGCAGAGAAGGCAGUUUCGUGUACCCUGGUUUAGUUACGGGCAUCAACAAGAGUUGCAAUGUGCUCUCACUCGAGGUUGAGCCCAGGGGAGAGAAGAGUGGUGUUCCAUUUCAGGAGCUCAAUGAGAGCGAUAGAAGAAACUUACUCCAAGUAGUUACAAACCAUGUUGGUCUCCAUGUUCUUGAACCAUUAAGUGGGAAGUUGUUUCCCACGUCGGAAGCUGAUGAUGAAGGGAUGUUGUUGGAACGCAGAACCAUGCUCCUUAAAAUGCACAUGAACCUCGAGGAAGAUGGGUUGUGUUACAAUCCUACGCAGGUAGACAUAAACGAGAUGGGUGGUCACAACUCUGCUCGUCGGAGCUUUCUUAGCUCUGGUGAUACAUUUGGUCUUAGUCUCAAAGCUUUCUACACUGACAUGUCUUGUUACAAAGGGUGGCCACGAAUGGACCUAUGCCGCUUUUGCCUGCAUAAACUACCGAUCAAGAGUCCUGGAGAUGGCCAAGAGUAUGCUGGUUUGUGGGGAGGAACAUUUGGGUGGCCACCUGGGAGAUGUAACGAAGAUGAAACCGGGAAUGCUUUUUAUCUACUGAUGCUCUCUUACCAAGAAUCUAAAAAGAGCAACGGGAAACGUCUUGUUGGGACGAAAAUACUAGAAGGCAAUGACUUUGUGCAGCAUCCCAAUGGAACAGCAAUGUUUGUUGUGGAUAUCGACACACCUUCUCUUGAGCCCUUUCCGUUUGAUGCAGGUGGAAUAGACUUUGAGCAUUCUUACAAAGGAAAGGGUAUCACAGAUGGUUAUGGUUUCCGUUAUCCGGACUCAGAACCUGGUUCACUUUACGUGAUCUCUAACGAUCAUCUAGCAUUCGUUUGGCGUGAAGCCAAAGAUGUGUUUACAUUGAAAAGAAUAAACCUUGAAGAGAUCUUGAAGAAAGGUUUGAGUCUGUGCGUCUCUCCUCUGCCUCCAGUUAAGAACUUUACUUAUAUGGAAACGUCUUACACAAACGUGUUUACCAAGUCAUGA